AGCAGCUCAGAACCGACCGGUUUGCAACAGGAUUCUUUCAGCCCGGCAUCUCCUGCAGAGGGAUCAGUCUGCUCGAACUGCAAGCAUGAUGUGGGGGACCAAACUUCUGCCGGUCCUGUUGCUGCAGCAUGUCCUCCUGCACCUCCUCCUGCUUCAUGUCGCCAUCCCCUAUGCAGAAGGACAGAAGAAAAGAAGAAAUACACUUCAUGAAUUUAAAAAGUCAGCAAAAACUACUCUUACCAAGGAAGACCCAUUACUGAAGAUUAAAACCAAAAAAGUGAACUCUGCAGAUGAGUGUGCCAACAGGUGUAUCAGGAACAGGGGCUUUACGUUCACUUGCAAGGCCUUCGUUUUUGAUAAGUCAAGAAAACGAUGCUACUGGUAUCCUUUCAAUAGUAUGUCAAGUGGAGUGAAAAAAGGGUUUGGCCAUGAAUUUGACCUCUAUGAAAACAAAGACUAUAUUAGAAACUGCAUCAUUGGUAAAGGAGGCAGCUAUAAAGGGACGGUAUCCAUCACUAAGAGUGGCAUCAAAUGCCAGCCUUGGAAUUCCAUGAUCCCCCAUGAACACAGCUUUUUGCCUUCGAGCUAUCGCGGUAAAGACCUACAGGAAAACUACUGUCGAAAUCCUCGAGGGGAAGAAGGGGGACCCUGGUGUUUCACAAGCAAUCCAGAGGUACGCUACGAAGUCUGUGACAUUCCUCAGUGUUCAGAAGUUGAAUGCAUGACCUGCAAUGGUGAAAGCUACAGAGGUCCCAUGGAUCACACAGAAUCAGGCAAGACUUGUCAGCGCUGGGACCAGCAGACACCACACCGGCACAAGUUCUUGCCAGAAAGAUAUCCCGACAAGGGCUUUGAUGAUAAUUAUUGCCGCAAUCCUGAUGGCAAGCCGAGGCCAUGGUGCUACACUCUUGACCCUGACACCCCUUGGGAGUAUUGUGCAAUUAAAACGUGCGCUCACAGUGCUGUGAAUGAGACUGAUGUCCCUAUGGAAACAACUGAAUGCAUUCAAGGCCAAGGAGAAGGUUACAGGGGAACCAGCAAUACCAUUUGGAAUGGAAUUCCCUGUCAGCGUUGGGAUUCGCAGUACCCUCACAAGCAUGAUAUCACUCCCGAGAACUUCAAAUGCAAGGACCUUAGAGAAAAUUAUUGCCGCAAUCCAGAUGGGGCUGAAUCACCAUGGUGUUUUACCACUGACCCAAACAUCCGAGUUGGCUACUGCUCUCAAAUUCCCAAGUGUGACGUGUCAAGUGGACAAGAUUGUUAUCGUGGCAAUGGGAAAAAUUACAUGGGCAACUUAUCCAAAACAAGGUCUGGACUUACAUGUUCCAUGUGGGACAAGAAUAUGGAGGAUUUACACCGUCAUAUCUUCUGGGAGCCAGAUGCUAGCAAAUUGAAUAAGAAUUACUGCCGGAAUCCUGAUGAUGAUGCCCAUGGACCUUGGUGCUACACGGGGAAUCCUCUUAUUCCUUGGGAUUAUUGCCCUAUUUCCCGUUGUGAAGGAGAUACUACACCUACAAUUGUCAAUUUGGACCAUCCUGUAAUAUCCUGUGCCAAAACAAAACAACUGCGGGUUGUAAAUGGCAUUCCAACACAAACAACAGUAGGGUGGAUGGUUAGUUUGAAAUACAGAAAUAAACAUAUCUGUGGAGGAUCAUUGAUAAAGGAAAGUUGGGUUCUUACUGCAAGACAAUGUUUUCCAGCCAGAAACAAAGACUUGAAAGACUAUGAAGCUUGGCUUGGCAUCCACGAUGUUCAUGAGAGAGGCGAGGAGAAGCGCAAGCAGAUCUUAAACAUUUCCCAGCUGGUCUAUGGUCCUGAAGGCUCAGACUUGGUUUUACUGAAGCUUGCUCGACCUGCAAUCCUGGAUAACUUUGUCAGUACAAUUGAUUUACCUAGUUAUGGUUGUACAAUCCCUGAAAAGACCACUUGCAGUAUUUACGGCUGGGGCUACACUGGAUUGAUCAACGCGGAUGGUUUAUUACGAGUAGCUCAUCUGUAUAUUAUGGGGAAUGAGAAAUGCAGUCAGCACCAUCAAGGCAAGGUGACUUUGAAUGAGUCUGAGUUAUGUGCUGGGGCUGAAAAGAUUGGAUCAGGACCAUGUGAGGGAGAUUAUGGUGGCCCACUCAUUUGUGAACAACACAAAAUGAGAAUGGUUCUUGGUGUCAUUGUUCCUGGUCGUGGAUGUGCCAUCCCAAAUCGUCCUGGUAUUUUUGUUCGAGUAGCAUAUUAUGCAAAAUGGAUACACAAAGUAAUUUUGACAUACAAGUUGUAAUAGCCAUAGAAGAGGCCAGUGUGUUUGAAGCAUCCAUGGAUACAUGAGGAUUUCCAAGACUUCAGGAUCAAAAUGUCACCUAAAACAAUCCUAGAACAACUACUUGAGUGUUGUGAGUGUUCAGAUACUCAUUAAUAUAUAUGGGUGUUUUCUGUUGUAUUGUUUGUCAGUGUCCUUUGUAAAUGUUCAAGUGAAUUAAGGUACCUGCAAGUGCAGUAACAUAUCUCCUGAAGAUACUUGAAUGAAUUAAAAAAAUAUAAAUUUAGAGUUGCUAGAUGCUAAAGUUUUAAAGAAAAAGGUUAAUUAAUCACUCUAUGCUGCUUUCCAGGUUAAUAUCUUAGUGAUGAAUAAAUUGUAUGUUAAACAUUAUUUUAACCCCACCAAAACAAUUUAUACAUUGUUUUUAAAUUGUAAGUCUAUAUUAAAUUAUAUUACAUUUCAUAUGCCAUAUGUUAUAAUUCAUUAAUUUUUUUGCAAGAUGUAUCCUCUAAAUACUGGCACACAAACAUCAAUGGAGGAAAGCACAUGCCCAUAUCACAUGGUGAGUUCACAUGCAGCAUAUAUUAUAGUUUAAACCAUGACUUAUCUAGUAUACUCUCUAAAUAUUUUGGGCAUAUGUAUCUAUACUUCUUCUAAAAUUACAAGUUUUGAAUGAUCAGUGAGAAUAUUCAGGAAAGGUACAAGAUAUAUACAUACAUGUAUGUAUAUGAUAUAUGUAUAUGAUAUAUGACCGCCACUGGACAGUGUUUAAUGUGAGGACAGGAUCCAUAGGACAAAAUGACUAGCUUUGUUGUUUAUUUAUAUUUAUUAUCCUAGUUAUUUUGUGUGCUUUCUAAUUCCUAAAAAGCAAAACAUAAUAUGUAUAUUUGUAUUAUUUCUUUCCUCCAAAUCUGGGCUACUUAUUUAUGCAGGAUAUUGGUAGAUCAAUCUUCUUAAAACAUCUAUUCAGUUGUCAAAUGUACAUCUUAGUGAAGAAAUUCAAAAGUGUCUCUGUCUCUAAAAAUGUAUUUAUAUGGGUUAUUUUUAAAACUUGCUGCUGCAAUUGGCUUCUAGUUCAUUCUUCUUAAAUUUAAAAAGAUUAACAUACAAUAUCUAUACUGAAAUACUUUGUAAAUAUUCUUUCAUUAAAUUUUACUUUGAAAUAAUUUUUCAAUGCAAAUACUUUUCUCAAUCUAAAAAUUCUUAGCCUUGGAAUAAUAGGAAAAAUAUGAAAUGAAAGGAAGAACUAGUUUUUCUAAAUUCUUUAAUUCAAUUACUUUAAAAAGUAUAAUUCUUUCUGAAAAUCAGGUAUGUUAUAAAGACAUUAUUAUAUUAUCUCAUUCCUUUUAACAAAGUUCUUUCCUAAUGAUAUGGAAUAUUCAUUUAAAUUUUAUAACCUGUAUGUAAUAUUCAAAUUAUAUUUAUUAGUCUACUUGCCAUGACUAGCUAAAACAUGUGUAUUUAUCCAAAAGUAACAUAUUAAAAAGGAACAAGACAGCUUCUAAGAUUCUCACAGUAUUCAUGUAUAAAUUAGGAAAGUUAAAAGUUACUGUUUCGGGGUUUUAAAUGUGAAGGUUCACAUUUUCCAGAUGGGAUUCUCUUUAUCCAAAUAAUACCCCAAUGCAUUCCCCAAUGUGUUCCCAGUGAAGACACCCAGAAAUUCUUCCAUGAGCUGUGCCAUGUGUGUGUAUAUGUCAUAUAUAUGCAUACACAUUUGUAUGCGCAUAUGUUUGUGAUCACAUAGGCACUAUGUUGAGAGACUCGGUGAAUGCUGGUUCAUAUCAUUUUACCUUCACUUAACAUUUCUUUCCCUUUAUAAUCCACCAUUUUUAUGAAACAGAAACUUAAAUUUAUAUUAUUAAAAUAUUAAUACUUUCAUAGCAUCUUACCGAAUUAUCUAAAUUUUAGUGCUACAUGUAAAUUAUAUUGAUAAAGCUAUUAUGAUCAUUGUAAUGCUUUAACGAUACUUCUUUCAGUGUAUUUUUUGUAAGCAUCCAUGAACAGAGAAACAACAAUUACCUAGAAACAAUAUGCAAUCAAAUUUUCAGAUACUUUGGAAUCAGUGUUUCUAAAUUUUUUAAAGAGGUAAACAAAUACCAAAAGUCACCAAAAAUGGGACAUGAAGCAACUCUCCUUAUGAAGUUCCUUUGCAAUAGGGCAAAAAAGAUGGCUUUGAUGCUGAACAAGGUCUGUAGUGUCUUACUUGGUAGGAGAGGGUAUAUUUAUCUUGUUAACAACACUAUGUACAGGAUGGCCUUCUAUGAAUAAAGUUAAGAAAGAAAAAGGAAAAGAGAGGAAAUUUUCAACUUAUCUAGAAAUCUAUAUUAUAUUGUGUCAAAGACAAGAGGAGCUUUCAAAGGCUGGUUUUGUUUUGACCAAGUAACAGUUAGACACUGUUAUAAUUGUAGACAUUUUCUUAUGUCUGCAGGAAUAAAAGAGUAAAAUUAGCCAUAUGCCUCUGCUGUGCAGAGGGAUGAUAAUUCUUUUGUAUAUUCUUUAAUGUUAUUGUAAAAUAUAAAGUAACUUUUACCUAUUUGCUGUGGGCAGGUCCUCAGUGUAAUAGCAAGUCAGUCUACGGCAUUAACAGGCUCUUGCUUGCUAUCUAAGUGUUUCAAGCUACAUGAAUGUGAAACACUGGAAGGCAAGAAAAAUAACCAUAAUGGCAUAUGUUAGCAAAACUGUAUUUCAUUUAUUCCUGUGGAUAUUUCUUGCUGGUACCAAUGGUACUGUACAAAGUGAAUGUUCCAGCCUUAACAUCCCCUGGAAAGAGCACUGUCAAGAACUGGGAGUCCUGUCAGGCAUGUUCUUGUUUCUAAGUAUUUUUCUUUUUAGAAAAUAAAUACUAGCUUUGUAACAUAGAGGAGACUGAAAUAGAAAAUGUCAGUACUAUAUCAUGUUCAGUAAAAGCAAACCUACAUUGAUUUAUUGAAGUGCAACAAUCACUACUUCCACCCACUGUGUGUAUGCAACCACACAUUUACAUUUAUAGAAAACUCAUAAAAUAAAAAGGAUUCGGGUUAAAACAACAUACUUGCAUCUUCCUAAGUUUUAUUUGCAAUGAAUGGUUCUUCAUAAUUAAGUACAAGAAAAAAAUGUAUCUUUCAAAAUUCAACUUAAGUUUGUACCAAGAAUGUAUUAAAUAAGAACACAUGAACAAGCCAAACACAAAAAUGUUAAACUGUCCUGCAUCCUUGCCUCUUGACAGUGCCGCUCUUACAUAGGUUCACUCUUGUUUGCACAGAAGGCUUCUGUCCUUUGGAAGCUGAAAACCGAAUACUGUGGCUAUGGUGGCUUGUCAGCCUGUAUACAGAGGACAAUGAUAAGCUGCCAGUUGAGUGGGAUAGCUGGAUGCUUACCCCCAAAAAGGAACACUGUGGUGAUAACUUGUAUUAUACAUUCUCUGUAGUUAAUAAAGUUGUUAUUUUUAUAACCAUGAUUAUAUUAUUAUUCUUAAUAAUAAUAAAAUAUUUUACCAAAA